ACUUGGGGGAAAAGCUGGGACGAAACCACCCAUGCAUGCAUGCCACUCUUUUCCCUUUUCCGUUGCGGGAAGCCAUGUGCCAUAUCUGGGGUAUGUGCGGAGUUAAAAAGAAGCUUGUCCGCUUCAUGAUUGAGUCGAAGAUUGCCUCCUUUGGAAAAACGAAAGAAGCAAUUGUCACACACAUACUCAAUCGCCAGCGAGUCGGAGUGAGACGAAGAGUUCCCACGAGGGCUGACAAACCCCCCGACUCGGCAUCCCAAUCAACAAAUUUAUCUCUGAGGAAGCCCCCCCCCCCCAAACUUCACGACGACUGGUGGGAACCAAACAUGGCAGACGGGAAGCAGUCCGAGGUGGACCACGCCUCGCUACACCACGAGCACUGCGUCGGCGCCGGCGCCGGCAACCUGGAAGAUGCGCCGCCCAAGCUCUCCAUCGAAGCCGCUGAGCGGCGCGGGCUGCAGCCGCCGCCCAUCGUCGCGGCCAUGUCGCACGAGUACCGCGUCGACCUCGAGAAGAAGCUGAAGCGCAAGGUGGAUAUUCGCUUGCUGCCCAUGAUUGUCAUCAUGUAUAUCUUAAACUACAUUGACAGGAACAACAUCGCCGCGGCGCGUCUGGCGGGUUUGGAGCGGGAUCUCAACCUCGAUCCCAAUUCGAACCAGUUCCAGACGGCUGUGAGUAUCUUGUUUGUUGGGUAUCUUCUCAUGCAGGUUCCUUCGAACCUGUUUCUCAAUAAGAUUGGAAAGCCUGCGCUAUACCUGCCAACAUGUAUGGUCAUCUGGGGCGUCAUCUCCGCCACAACAGCCGCGUGCCGCAACUACGCAGGCCUCCUCGUGAUCCGCUUCGUCCUCGGCUUCGUCGAGGCGGCCUACUUCCCGGGCUGCCUCUACUACCUUUCCUGCUGGUACACGCGCGAGGAGCUCGGCCUGCGCACGACGAUCCUCUACACGGGCUCCCUCAUCUCGGGCGCCUUUUCGGGGCUCAUCUCGGCGGGUAUCACGGGCAACAUGGACGGCGCGCGCGGGCUCGGCGCCUGGCAGUGGCUGUUCCUCAUCGAGGGCGUCGUGACUGUCGCGAUUGCGUUUGCGGCGUUCUUCGUGCUGCCCAAUUUCCCGAGGACGACGUCGUGGUUGACUGAGGAGGAGACGGCGCUCGCGGUCUGGAGGUUGGAGGAGGACAUUGGCGAGGAUGAUUGGAAGAAUAGCGGGGAGCAGACGUUUUGGCAUGGGUUCAAGACGGCGUUGGAGGAUGUCAAGACGUGGAUUCUGCUGGUCCUCAUCUUCUGCAUCGUUGCCUCGGCCUCCAUUACAAACUUCUUCCCCACCGUCGUCCAGACCCUCGGCUACAACAGAGUCAUCUCCCUCCUCCUAACAUGCCCGCCCUACGUCCUCUGCGUCAUCACGACCUGCAUCAACGCCUGGCACGCCGACCGCACGGGCGAGCGCUACUUCCACAUCGUCGUGCCCCUCUGCGUCGCCAUGGCGGCCUUCAUCCUCGGCGCCGCCACCCACGGGACCGCCCCGCGCUACGUCGCCAUGAUGCUUCUCGUUCCCGGUGUGUACACCGGCUACACCACGGCGCUGGCCUGGAUCAGCAACACUCUGCCGCGCCCCCCUGCCAAGAGAGCCGCCGCGCUGGCGUUUAUCAAUGCUGUUAGUAAUUGCAGCAGUAUUUACGCUAGCUACUUGUACCCGACAAAGGAUAGCCCGCAGUAUACGGCGGCGUUCAUUCACAACUGUGUUGCUUGCUUUAUUGCCAUCUGCGCGGCGACGGUGUUGAGGUUUGUGUUGGUGGGGUUGAAUCGCAAGUUGGAGAGGGGGGAGCACGUCGAGGGUGCUAUCAAUGCUGCGCCGGGAGAGGCGGCGGCGCAUGGGUUCCGGUUCAAGAUAUGAGCGAUUGGCUCCUCAUCGGAAGUGAUUUGGGUUCUGGACGAAGAAUCACUAGUGGCGAGGAUGAGCCGUAGAUAUCUAAGUUCUCUAGUAUCUAUAGGAUGAGAGACGUAAAUACGACACAAGCACGAUAGUUCAUAUCAUUGUUAGCACGAUUCGACAUGAAUAUUGGGAAUCAGUAUUUUCAACAUAUCGGCUUACUCGGCAGAGAUCCAUUCGAUUGCAUUCCAC